AAAAAAAAAAUUCAAAAAUCCUGAGAAAACGGUGGCGCUGCCGUCAGCUUCUUCUCACCUCCACCAACACACAACAACAAUUUCGUGCUGCAAAAAAGCCAAAAACCUCGUGAAAGCCUUCCCCCUUUUUCUAAAAAUACGACCGAGCGAGCAGCCAUCCAUCCAUCCAGCAGCAGCAGCGUUCCUACAUUGCACACAUCCUUGUUUUAACUUUGAGAGGCGCCAGUAUUAUUGCGUCCGCUGCAACAACUGGAACAACGCAGCAGCUGCCAGCACUCUCAACCGAAAAACAACACGCACGAAAAAUAUGGCCGCCGCCAUCCGUCGUUGAGGAGGGCGGAAGAAAAAAAAAGAAAAUAACUUUUGGUGUGUGUGUGUGAAAGUGUAGAGUGUGUCCUGGAAAUAAUUCCUGCCUGUUAUUAUUGUGUGUGCUCCGGUUGACAACAUGGCAGCACAGAGAUCCAGUCUGGGUAAUAAUGACGUGCCACCGGUGGUUCCCGGCCGAAGUCGUUCACCGUCCUACAUCCGGAGCAUUUCCGCUUCUCAAUUGCCGACCACCACCAUGUCCUCACCAAACAACAACAACAACAACAACAACAAUAAGCCGCCACCCGUUCCCAGGAAUUCACUCAUCAGGAGCAAAAGUGCUCAACUCUACCAACAACAACAGGCUAGUCAAGUAAUGACGCCGUUACCUCAUCCCCCAAUUCAAGUGAAAAACAACCACCACCACCACCCACUCAACGAUCCUUUUGCAGCAGCUGGAACCCAUCACCACAACAACAACAAUAACAACAUGAAAGAUUUGCCGGAAUCAAUUCCGGCUGAACCGGUUUUGAUGUCCAAAAGUUUUUCGUUCGAGUCGCCCAAUGGCGUCAGACGCAAAAUUCCCGUCACGCCCGUCCUCUCCACCGGCCCGAAAAAAUCCAGCCAACAUCACGACACUCUUCACUAUCGACAUGGAACUCUGGUCUUUCCGUCCGACUCGAUUGGCCAGCCCAACAAAUCCAUCGGCUCUAUUCCCGUCCAGUUGAAUUCGCCCAGUCAAAGUCCGUCAGAGGCUGUGAUGAGUCCAGCAGCAGGGACAGCACCAGUCAUCCACCACCACCAGUUCAGCCAUCCGGCAGCGAUUUUCAAUCAAUUCGUCGUGUCGCUGGUCGAUCACAGCCUCUUGAAAUUGUGCCAGGACGGUGACGUCGGGACUCUGUCACGAUACCUCGCCCUCCAUCACGAAAAAGUUCCAGCCAGGAGCCUCAACGCCGUCGAUGCCACUGGGAAAUCGAGUUUGUUACACGCGGCCAUGACGGGAAAUGUUCCCAUCGCCCGUCUACUCGUCAAAUUACCCGGACUGGACGUGAAUUUGGCGGAUAACGAAGGCAACACGGCCCUUCACCUGGCCGCUCAAGCAGGUCACGCCGAUAUCGUCAGUCUACUCACGUUGUGUCCCAAUCUGACCAUCGACAUCCGCAACAACGCCGGCCUAACCGCUUUGAUGAAAGCUUCGCUUCAGGGGCGUGUCCGGUGCACUCGACUGCUGCUAUUGGCCGGCGCUUCGCCCGUCCUGAGAGAUUUCGGCCGGGGAUUGUGUUCGGUCGAAUGGGCCCGACUGACGGGCCGCAGCAAAUGCGUCGAAAUCAUCGACAAGUACAUGGACAAGAUGCAACUCAAUCCGGGACUGGGAUUGAAAUCCUUCCAUCACGGCGGCGGAGUGGUGGCCUCAUCCGAGCCCAGUCUCCAGCAAUUCUCCAAACGAUCCUCCCUCGUUCUCCUCCCGUCUUCCAAGACCAAAGAUUCUUGGGUGAAGAAUACUUUGAAAAAAGCUAUUCGCAUCGUCAGCGGAGGAUCGGAUCCGCCCAGCAAUAAAGGAUCGACUUUCAGCGUCGCAUCUCAAUUGACUGGCAGCGGAGUGAUGAGCGCCAGUGUCUUACUGCCCGGCGAUCCUUCCAGGCGAUCCUCGAUGCCCGUUUUACCGACCAGUUCCGGUGGUGCUGGUGGAGGAGCUUCUGGAUUUGUUGCCGAACUUUUUGAUCGCCACCGAUCGCAAUACCAGGGCCGAUCAUCGCAUCAGCAUUCGAAUUUCGUGGUCCCGCGGAUUCAAGUUUCCUAUUGGAGCAACACGGCGGGCGGCAACAUCCCCCCACCGCCUCUGGGCACUCCGAAGGUCAUCCCGCCCGAAAUGAGACCGAGCCACAGCAGUCGGCAACGAUCAAGAAGUUCCAUUCGAUCUUGAAUCUGUUAAAUUUAACUUAAAUGAAAAAGAAAAAAGAUGAUUAAUGCAAUAUAAUAAAUAAUGAGAGCUAUUUAAUGAAAUUGAACGAAUCAAAACAUUUUUUAUUGUUACAAUCUAAAAGAAUGUUUGUGAAUAAAUAAAUGUUAUGUGUACG